AUGGGCUCUCUUCGCUGGGCUCGAAGCUCUGGGCAGCCCUGGAGCGCUGCUGUGUCUCUGUGGGGCUGGGCAGCGUCAAGGCUACAUCUGGACUGGACAACAAGAAUCUUUCAAGAAGAUGAGGAGAUGCGGAUUCUGACUCAGAGUGAUGAGUUGAACCAGACCUACUGUGAGGACAGCAGACUGCCCCUUAACAGUAUGACAAGCAAAAAUAAUCUGUGCUUUAAUGACACAAGAAGAAACAGAACAUCCUCAACAGACAACAGCUUGGUUCUAACUCACGAAGAUGAUCCACAGGAUCCUGACAUGACAGCAUCCACCAGCACUUUAUGGCAGGAGAGACCGGCUUUUAAAGAAACCAGAACUACUGUCAUCUCCACUGGAACCAAGACCAUCACCAUCACUUCGGCUGUUUCCACUGAAGAUUCCCUUUGGUUCAAAAACAGCAGAUGUUAUGACACAGAAAGAAAAUCUUCUGAGAUGCAAGCUGGUAGGAUGGGAAGUAAGGAAAACUUAAGUUUCAACCAGAAUCAGGGGAACAUGAUACGGUCCUACAGGCUGGGUCCGCUACAACAGACGCUUUCUGAAGAUGAAGAGGAGAAGCUUGAUGGAGACAGAGCUGUGGAGGGGACACCUGGGCUGUGUGGAAGCUUUAAAAAAGAGAGAGCCAGCAUCAGUUCAGCUACUCCAGGUCAGAGCACUAAUACCAGCCGCACAGGUCUGAACCCCUAUCCCACCAUCACUGCCUGGGAAGCCAGCUGGAAUGUCACAAACGCUAUACAGGGCAUCUUUGUGUUGGGUUUGCCCUUUGCUCUGGUCCAGUCCGGUUAUGUGGGUCUGGUACUGCUGGUUCUGUCAGCCUGGAUCUGCAACCACACAGGAAGGACCCUGGUGGCCUGCUUAUAUGAAGAGGAGCGAAGUGGAGGAUUAGUGUCAAAGAUCAGAGUACGACAUACCUACCUGGACAUUAUGGAGGCCUGCUGCAAAGGACUGUGGCCAAACUGGUCUGCAGUGGGAGGAUGGAUGGUUAAUAUAGCUCAGGUCAUUGAACUGUUGAUGACCUGUACUUUGUAUCUACUCGUCUCCACCAGUCUGUUGUCUGACAGUCUCUCAGGGGUGGCUGUUCCUAGAUCAGUGUGUUCACUGGUGUCUCUGGUGUUCCUUCUGCCCUGCUUGCUGCUGACUGAUCUCAGACCAGUCUCCACUCUCAGUCUGCUCUGCUCUCUGGCUCACAUACUGAUCAGCUUGUUGGUCAUGCUGUACUGUUUGAGUGGAGCCAGCAGCUGGUCUUGGUCUUCUCUGUCCCUGUCUGUGGAUCCAGAGAACUUCAUUGUCUCAGUGGGAGUCAUCAUCUUCUCCUACACCUCACAGAUCUUCCUGCCUCCUCUAGAGGGCAGUAUGGAGGACAGGGGGCAGUUCAACAGCAUGCUGGGGUGGACCCAUGGGGCAGCCUGCAUCAUGAAAACUAUGUUUUCUUUGCUGGCGGUGUUGACGUGGGGAACAGAGACCAGCGAAGUCAUCACUGACAACCUUCCCUCUGACCUGCGUCCUCUGGUCAACCUGUGUCUGUUGGCUAAAGCCCUUCUUUCCUACCCUCUGCCAUUCUACUCUGCUGCUGAAAUACUGCAGACCUGUGUGUUUAGAGAUGCUACCAUCUCAUCUUACUCCAAGCAUGGAUGUCGAGGUGUGUCUCGUCCAGCUCUGGUUGUCCGCGGCGCCCUGUUGAUAACAUCAUACCUACUGGCUCUACUGGUUCCCAGGUUCUCCCUGUUGAUGGGUUUGACAGGGAGUGUCACCGGGGCAGCAAUGACACUCAUACUGCCAUGUCUGUUUCACCUUAGACUGCAGUGGGGACACCUCACUGUGAAGGACCGAUUGAUAGAUGUGGGUAUACUGGGUCUGGGAGUCAUCUGUAGUGUGUCUGGUGUGAUUUGUUCAAUAAAAAGGCUGGUGGAGACACUGUAGGAAGGGUCAAGCUGGUUAAGUUAAAGGCUAACUGCAGGUUCUGCUUUAUAUUCAUUUCUGCAUCGAAGUUCCUCUCCAGACAUUCAUUAAACCCCUUAAAAUUCAUCUUUGUGAAUUAAAGCUGUAUCUUUAGAAGUCAAUUUUUCUAUGAAAAUGAUGACAUUUUUAGUUAAAAUGGUUUAGAUGUAACUUUACACCUCUCGAAUGUGCAGAUCUCUGAAGUCAAUAUCUCUUGCUCCACUGAAAACACAAUGGUAAAUUGUAAUGUUGAAGUAAUUCAGCCACAGAUGUUCAAACCACAAACCAAUUCUAAACAAGAACGAGAAAAGCACUCAACGAGCGCAGUACUUUGCCAAGACUGCUCAGUCGUUGUAUCAUUUCCACCAGCUGAAAUCUUUUUUAAAAAUUCAUGGAUCCAGACUAUAAGCUGCAUCACUGCCAAAAUCUAAUCACUUGAUCCUUGUAUCAUUUGUGAACUUCCCUGAAAAUUUCAUCCAAAUCCUUUCUGCCAAUUUUGAGUAAUGUUGCUAACAGAGAGACAGACAGACAGAGAGACAAACCAGCUCCGAUCAUCACAUAACUCCGCUGAGGCGCUCUUUGACAGAGUAAUAAUGAUACAUAAAGUCCCAUUCUGCAAGCUAACCAGAUUGAUUCUUCUGGUUUGUUAUGUAUGGAACCUUGGAAGUCCAUGUUUUUAAGACUGCCAUUGGUACACUACUAUGUCAAGGUGGAAAUGCUUAGCCAUGGUGUCAGUUGCUUGUUUUGCUGACGGUGUGUCUUCCAACAUAUAAAAGACAAUUUAUGGACAUAUGGACAUGUCCCAUAGGUAGAGGUCUUUAAAGUAUUUAACAAAUGAAGUAACUGUUUUUCAAAAAAUAUUUUUGAGAGAGAAAAUCCUCUCUCUAGUUCCUAUUAAAUGAACAACAACAUUUACUGAGAAAUAUAACUGGAUAGUCACAAAAACAAAAUGCUGUCUGUAUGUUCAGAGUUGAAUAAAAUGCUCAACACAAACCACAAGCUUAGUUUCCAUCCAUUGUUAGCUAUACCUGCUUUGUCUUGCAGAGGGUAAUGAAGAUAUUGAUCCUACCCCAGCUGACAUUAAGUGAAGGCAGGGAACCUCCUUCCUAUGAGGUGGCCAUGUACUAUAUCCCCACAACACCAACCCAUUUGGUAGUUCGGCAUGUGCAUAUAGUGAGAGGUAAAUAAUGAAGAAGAAUGGAUGCAAAGCAUGCACAUGAAUCAUAGAUUUCAUUCUACAAAUGUCUUCUUUAUACAUAGAUGUUGAUUUCUCUGAAUCAAUCCAACAUUUUCUUUACAUAUUGUGAUCUCCAGUGUUGAACUGGUGUGAAUAAGGUUGAGUCAUACAGUGGAUGAGUUGAAUUAGAUUCACCACUGGAACAAAAAGACAUUUCUACUGUUUGGAAAAACAGUUUCAGCGAAUGAAGACUCUGUUAUUUUAACUGUUUAAGAACUCCUUUACAUUUUACAGAUAUCAAAACUUGCCAUAGAAGGAAAAUGAUGACAUUUUCCUUCUAUACAAUAUACAUGCUGAAUACUAUAGAAAAAUACUGUAAUAUAAAGAGUAAAAUACUGUUGUUAAACAUGUGUGAAGAUGAGUGAAAUAGUACAAAAAGAAUGUUAUUAUAACAACUGCAUGUUUCUAUUAUCUUCUUAUGGAUUCACCUGUCAGUAUAUGAGCUGUUUGUGGCAUUCUAUAAACCAGGCCAUCAAAAGUUUAAAAUCUCAUUUCCCGCUGUUUUGUUUGUGUCAGGAAGGAACAGAAAUAUUUUAUUCACCAACAAAGAAAUAGGUUAUAGAAACAAAAAGAACGGCAAAAUGAAACUGCAGUGAUUUUUUACACUAUGGAAAACAUCUGCUGAAUAAAAAUGUGAACAAUGAGAAGGAAAAAAUUAAUAGGAAAAAGAUAAGAGUGAGAGAGGGGAAGACAAAAGAACUGAGUCAUGGAUGAAUUAAAGAAGGUCAACAGAAAGAGAAAGUUGGAGAGGAGGAGAAGAGAAAUUCAAGUUUUCACUUUCUAUCAUUGCGGUUUUGUAUAAGUCAGGACAAGUCAGGCAUCUGUGGGAAUACUGUAUUCGAGUGUACAAACCACUGCACUAGAACAACCUUGCAAAAUGUAGCCACACAACACCUCUCAUGUAUUUCCAAAGCCAAAAAUGCUUUCAAUGUGAAUUUGCACAGUUAAUGAAGAUUUAACUGAUCGAGUGUGAAAAAAGAGAGAAUGACAAGCAGAAUAAAAAAGAUGAUAGGGGAUGUUAAAAUGCAACAAAUGCAACAAGAAGAAACCUGAAACCAACCAAGCCAAAUCAAAAAAGCAUAAUACAUACAAUGCAGUGAAAAAGUAUUUGUCCCCUUCUCAAAUUGUUAUUUUUUUGUGCAUAUUUUCCCCUCAAAAUGCAGUUUUUAAAUGAUGAUUUUAUUUAUUUAGGGGGAAAAAAACUAUUCAAAGCUACUUGGCCCUGUGUGAAAAAAUAAUUGCCCCCUAAACCUAAUGUAGGAGCCAUAUUUCAUUUUGCUGUUGUUUUUAAAGUUGCUUACCCAAAACCCCAGGGGGCUGCAUUUCUUUUACCUGAGGCUGACGGCCUGGGGUCAAAUUAAGGUAUUUAGUUGAUUGUAUGAUGGGGUUCAGGUGGUGUGGAUAGAAACAGGCAGAGACGCACAGUUUUUGACUGUGCUCGACUUUCUUUGCGUUUUCUUUUGUUUAUGACGGUUUUUAUGUAAAUAUGGAAUAUCUAUUUAUGUGGGU